AUUUUUUUUUUUAAUUUGCAUAUGAUUAGUUGGUGAAUUGGAUUUAAAGUUGGAGUUUCCAACAGAUAGAGGACAUUUUCAAAAUAUCACAAUCAGUUCUAAUUUGAAAAAACAAAUUCUAUCAUAUGGUCCUUGCAAACCGUCAAUAAACUUUCCUUCGGACAUAAUUUUUAGUGAUGAAAAUGAAACUAUGAAAUCUAGCAGACACUUUUUUAUCAUUAGUUGAUACUGCUUUAUUUCAACUCGAAGAUCGUUUUAAAGGACUUAAAGUAGUAUCAAAUACUUUAAAUUUUUUAUUGCCACCAAAUAUAAUAAAAUUAAAUGAAGCAGAAAUAGUAAAAUCAUGCUAUGAUUUUAUUCAGUUUUACAAAACUGACGUAACUUCCGAUUUAACUAGUCAAGUUCUAUCUUUAAAGGAAUUUAUAAAAAACACUGAUAUGAAAACAAUUAAAGAAUUAUGUUUAUAUUUAAUAGAAAACGACCUAUCAUCUUUGUAUAGUGAAGUUGUUACAUCUUGUAUUAUAUUUUUAAGUUUACCAGUGACUGUAGCAUCGGCCGAACGGUCAUUUUCUAAACUUAAACUGAUUAAAAACUAUUUAAGAAACUCGAUAUCUCAAGACCAACUAACAAACAUAAGUAUAUUAAAUAUAGAAAGAGCUCGCACUGAAGAACUUGAUGUAGAAAAAUUAAUUAUUGACUUUGCCAAUCAAAAAAGCAGAAAAAAAAAUUUUUUAAAAUUAUCACCUACUGAAUAUUAUUCAGUUAUAUCAACGUCGUUCGAUUGAAAACUUAAUCGGCCCACGUAGGUACUGUGCUUGUAUCUAUUGUUCAUUCGUUUAAAGGCUGAC